AUGGAGUGUCAAAAGUGUAAAAAACCAUUGUCUAAAAGAGGAACACAUUUCCACUGUAAUGGGCAAUGCCAAGGUAUUUUUCAUAAAACUUGUGUGAAGGGACUGGCAGCUGAUUUAAAAGCGGGUAGGAGCCGGCUGUUUUGUAAUAAUUGUCAAGAUGAUGAUAUGGAUCAGGAAUGCGGAGAUGAUGAAGAAGAAGAAACAACUAUAUCGAGUACGGUGUUGCGGGAUAUUAAUAAAAAGAUAGAAAUAAUCCGAGACGUAAAAAAACAGCUCGAAACACUAACGCAAACCAUAGAAUUCCUCACGGAAAAAUACGAUCAUUUGCGUUCGGAGCAUCAAAAUACAAAGGAGAAAGUAACUAAAUUAGAAAAGCAACUGACAAAUAUCAACAAUAAAUGUACAUAUCUUGAGAAAUACAACGGUGCAUUGGAGCAAAAAAUACUAGACUUGGAACAAGCUGGACGUAAAAAUAAUAUUCAAAUCUACGGAGUGGAGCAAUUACCUAAUGAAAACCUGAAGUCGUUACUUCAAAAAUUAGCAGAAGUCAUGAAAGUGAGCGCCGAUGACAUAGAAUGGGCUAGAAGGAUACCAUCACGUAAUUCACAGAAGUUGCCUUCCAUUCUGGUUGGAUUCAAAGCUGGCGGAGCGGAAACCAGGGAUAACUGGCUCGCGAAACGACGAAAUAACAUUGAGCUAACCAGUAACAAUGUGGCAAGAGGCUCUCGACGAGAUAAGAUAUAUAUCAAUGAGGAUCUCACCAGAGAGGUACGGGAGCUGUUGUGGAAAACGAAAGUGGAGCUGAAAAGUGCCUAUAAAUUCAUAUGGGUCAGUAACGGAAAAAUUUUAGUGAAAAAAGACGAAAGUGCUAAAUCCGUAAGGGUUAAGUCUGAAAGUGAUUUAAGUGAAUUAAAAGAAAAGUGA